AAUGUUUACAAGAUGUCGGAUCGUUGGGAAGUGAAUAUUUCGCAAUCUGUACUUGAAUGUUAUUAAGGAUUUGUAAUGCAUUAUGCAUCAGUGUGGGGUAUGUAAGAUGCCAGAUAGUUGGGAAGAGAAUAUUGCAACCCGGUUUUGGUUCUAAUUGGAGAUUUGUGCAGCAUUAAUCUGAUACUUCACUUAUGUGUGUGAUAUGAAAGCUGGAUUUUAAACUCAAACUUUGGAGAAAUGGGAUUCACGGAUUCUGCAUUAUCUGAAUAUGGGAAUACAACACAGCUACAUGACACCAAAGUAUAAUAAUGAUAUCACGUAUGCUGUAGAUUGCACAAUAGAAGAGCUGAUCAAAGUUUACCUGAAAAUUGAAGAGUUACAUCUUGGCAGUGAAGAGUAUUUGGAGUUCUCAACUUUUGCUCAGUUACUACCACUUAAGAACCACACCAGUGAUAGAGUAUGUAGACUGUUUCUGGUCGAGGAUGUAUUUGUAGACUGGAGACAGUGCUUAGGUGGUUUGGUCGUUGUUGCUUGGGGCGAUGUAGUGAAUAAAAUCAACUUGUUGUACACCAUGGUAUGUUUCUGUAUUCUCUCUCUCACCCUCUCUUUCUCUCUCUGUUCUCUGUCUGUGUCACUUGCUUAGCUGUUACCUUGCAUGAUUUGCGAGU